UAUGAACAAAAUAAAACUAAAAUUAUUGAAAAUAGACAGAAUAGGUUUCACAAUGUUACUUAUGAUAUAUCUGAUUACUAUUACAAUGCAUAUAAUGAAAAUAAAACUGAACUUAAUUGUGCAAAGUGGAGUAUGUAUAUAUAUAAGAGAGGAAUGCAAUUUGUUAAUAUGUUCGCCAAUGAAUUUUAUACAGAUGAAAUAUAUAUAAAUGAUUCUAUUAGAGUAUGGAAUGAUCAUAGUAAUAAUUUACAAACUUAUGCGUUACAAAUUACUAAUAAUCAAUGUAAUAUGACAAAAUUAAUUUAUCAAUUUAAAGAACGAAAAAAUACAGAUGAUCCUUAUAAUUUAGAUUGGCGUUCUUCAAAUAGCAAUCAAAAUAAACCUAAAGAAACUUCAUAUAAUACAACUGCAUUACCAGAUGGCUUACAACCUACAACUAUAACUCCUAAUGAAUUACAUUAUGAUACCGCUACGGAUUCAUUCGGUAGCAAAACGACUAGUGUUAAUAAAGUAAAUGGUGUAAAUUCCUCUGAAAAUACAUUAACAAAUGUCACCUCAGUACCACCAGUUACUGUAGAUCAAAUUGUCCCAGGAACUGCAUUAACAAUUUCUCCAGAUAACUCAACACAAUCCAAUUCAUUAACUCCAAAAGUUACAAUACAUUCUAAUACUAAUACUAUAUCUGAUACAACCACAUCAUCACAUUCCCCUGAGGUUGUAACAUCUCCUACAACUGAAACAUUACCUUCAAAUUCUACUACAAGUAGUGGUACACCUUCAGUUACACCUUUACCUGGAGAAAUAUCUCCUACAACGACCAAUGAAUAUUCUAAUACUACUAUGAAGACAUUUACAAAUAAUAUUACAGCUUCUACAACAUCCACUAAAUCUCCUGCAACUUUAUCAUUACCUUCUGAAACUGUAACUUCUGUAAAUAAAAGUAUACCUACAAAUGGCAAUAUAUCUGUUACAAAUGACAGUGCAUCUCCUUCAAUUGAUCCUAUUUCUUCUCCUGAGAUUGCAUCUUCUCUUACAACUAUGUCUACAACUCCUACAGAUGGUUCUACACCUCCACUACCUUCAUCUAUUCCUAAAAUCACAACUUUGCCAUCUACAAAUAAUUCUACAUCACGUACAAAUGAUAUGUCUAUUCAUCUUACUAAUGAAGUUACUCAUAAAACUGCAACUUCACCUUUUUUGACAAAUACCAUUGAAAAUUCUACUGCUACCAUUGAUCCAUUUACAAAUCAAAUUGCAUCUCCUGAAACUGACGUUAUAUCUCCUGCAAUUAACACUACAUCUCGUAUGCCUGAUACUAUAUCUCCAACUCCACUUUCGAAUUCUCUAGAUAAAGUACCUAUUCUCACAACACCAACUGCCUUUUUUCCUACAACAAAUAACAAUUUACCUUCAAAUCAGACAGAUAUUAUCCAACCGCAGAUCCCACCAAAUACACAUGUCCCUCUUAAACAGGUUCAACAACAUGUAAAUGGAAGAAAUUGUACUGAAAACACUUUACCAUGUCCAAAUGCGACUGUUCCAUAUACUUUUACGCCAACCACAUCAAGUGACCCUAUCGAAGUUCCGCCUACGGUUACACCUAAAGGUGAUUUACUAAUACCAAUGGUUUCAGGAGGUAUUUUUCUUUUAGGAAUUAUUUUUUUUUUGAUUCUUCUUUGUAAAUAUACUCCCAUUGGAUCUUGGAUUCGUAAUAGGAAGUCAAAAAAAAAAAAAGCAAGAAAAAAGAUUAAGAAAAUAACAAGGGAACCGUUACUAAUGGAUACAAAUAAUACAAAGAAUGAAUCAAUAAAUAGAGAAAAUUAUUCCUUCCUACACCAUGAAAAAGAAAUACCACUAUGUGAUAUGAGUUUGAAAAAUCGAAAAGAUUUGAAGUAUAAACAAGUGAAGAAAUCCAAAGCAAAUGAAGGAAUGUAUAUGGAAAAUGAAAAAGACUUGAAGCAUGAAAAAAUGAAGAAAUCCAAAGCACAUAAAGGAAUGUACAUGAAGAAUGAAAAAGACUUGAAGUAUAUACAAAUCCAGAAAUCUAAUGCUCACGAAGAAACGUAUAUGGAAAAUGACAAUGAUUUGAAGUUUGAACAAAUUAAAAAAUCCAAAACACAUGAUGGAACCUAUAUGGAAAAUGAAAUAGAUUUGAAGUAUGAAGAAAUGAAGAAAUCCAAAGCACAUGAAGGAAUAUAUAUGCAAAAUGAAAAUAAAUGCAUUCGUGAACUUGUAGAAAUAUCAAAGAAGCACGAAAAUGAAUUGAUAUUGGGAGAAAAAUUAUAUCAAGAUGAUCCUAGAAAUGAAAUUGAAGAAAUUGAAUUGAAUGUAAAUAAAUCUAGAAAUGAAAUUAAAGAUUCUGGAAAUGAAAGAUAA